AUGGUUUCUUUCUUUUCUCUCUUCACAGGGUUGAGCCUUGUGGUCGGAGCUCUGUCGGCUCCGGUUGGAGUGCUGAAAUCUCCGAGAUCCGCAACUCCAAGAAGCACCGCCACUCAAGAGAAAUCCUACCACUAUUGGUGGACUGAUAGUGGACGGGAUGUCAACUUCACUAGUUUUGAUGGAGGCUCAUAUUCGAUUGAGUGGUCAAAUGGAGCCAACUUUAUUGGUGGCAAGGGAUGGAACCCUGGCGGUCGCAAGAAUGUGAAAUACUCGGGCACUUACAGCCCCAACGGCAAUAGUUAUCUUGCCCUUUAUGGAUGGACUACCUCGCCCCUCGUUGAGUACUACGUGGUGGAAUCUUUUGGCAACAAUGAUCCCUCUACCGACAAGGAAAAGAAGGGCGAAGUUACCAGCGAUAACGGCACAUACGACAUCUAUGUCAGUAGCCGGAAGAAUGUGUCGUCUCCGGAGCAGACCGUGAAGCAGUACUGGUCUAUCCGACGGGAAAAGCACGUCAAUGGAACAAUCACCACGGGAAACCAUUUCGAUGCUUGGGCUCGUGCCGGCCUGGAGCUUGGCUCGUUUGAGUACAUGAUUAUGGCCACCGAGGGACACCUCAGCAGCGGCUCUGCGUCGAUUACAGUCGGGGUUGAUGAAUCUUCUUCUUCUGGUGGUGGCGAGAGCGUCAGCAAGAGAGAUGGAUUAUACGCCCGCUGUGGCUCUGGCUUUUGGCCUGAUUGUGGCUCAGGAUCAGACGCCGAAUGCGGUGCAGGCUCGGAUUGUGGCUCUGGCUCUGGUGAAGGCUCAGGUUCUGGAGUAGGAUCCGGCUCAGGUUCUGGCCAAGGUUCGGGCUCUGGUCAAGGAUCAGGAUCAGGAUCAGGGUCUGGGUAUGGUGAAGGCUCAGGAUCUGGUUCCGUGGUUCUGGCUCUGGCCAAGGUUCCGGCUCGGGAGAAGGUUCAGGAUCUGGCUCAGGCUCUGGCUCUGGCUCCGGUCAGGGUUCGGGCUCCGGCUCUGGUGAAGGCUCCGGCUCUGGUGAAGGCUCCGGUCCAGGUGAAGGAUCUGGAUCAGGUGAAGGCUCAGGAUCUGACGGCUCUGGACCAAGUCCUGAGUGUGGCUCAGGCUCUGACUGUGAGUCGAGAUCUGGCCCAGUCCCAGUCCCAGAUUCUGGUGAAGGUGAAGGUGAAGGUGAAGGUUCUGGCUCGAGCCCUACCCCCGGCUCGGGAUCAGAUACUGAAUGUGGCUCGGGUUCGGAUUGUAACUCAGGCUCUGGAGGAGGAUCUGGAGCAGGCUCUGGAGCAGGCUCCGGUGAAGGGUCUGGUGAAGGUCCUACCCCAGGCUCAGGUUCUACCCCGGGAUCGGGAUCAGACACUGAGUGCGGCUCGGGAUCUGAUUGUAACUCAGGCUCAGGUGAAAUACCCGGUUCUGGUUCAGGCUCCGGGGAGGGUUCUGGAGAAGGCUCUGGAGCAGGCUCUGGUGGAGGGUCGGGCCCAGUCCCAGUCCCAGACACAGGAUCUGGCACGAGCCCUACUCCAGGAUCAGGAUCAGACACCGAAUGUGAUUCAGGGUCGGAUUGCAACUCAGGCUCUGGGGGAGGAUCCGGAACAGGUUCUGGAGCAGGCUCCGGUGGAGGCUUUGGUUCAGUCCCAGUCCCAGACUUUGGAGUUGGCGCUGGAUGCCCCUCUGGCUGUGAAUGUGGUUUUGACUUUGACUUUGGCUUUGGAUCAGGAGCAGGAUCGGGAUCGGGAUGUGGCUCUGGUUCUGACUGCGGCUCUGCGGGCUCUGGCUCGGGUGGCUUGCGAGGCCGGCUGCGGAAGCUAG